AUGGCCUCCCUCUCCCUCCUCCUCUGCUUCCUCCUCGUGCCACCUCUCGCCACCGCCCAGCAGCAGAUGUCCUCUUUCUCCACAAGCAACUCAACCUGGAGCCCCACCGACAGCAAUCACACUCUCCUCUCUCGACCAAUGGCGACUUCGCCGCCGGGUUCGUGCCAUCGACCACGGCUCCGGGCCACUACCGCUUCGCCGUCUGGGUCAUCGGCUCCAACUCCACCGACAACGCCGUCAUAUGGCAACUUCACCACGCUCCAGUCCGCCAACGGCCGCUACAGGCUCGUCAACUCCGCCACGCUGCAGUUCAACAAAUCCAUGAUGUACGCCAACAUCAGCAGGGGCGGCAGCGCUCUGCUCAACCUCACCGCCGACGGCACGCUCCAGUUCAGCGGCUCGCAGCUCAUCGCCUCCGACCAAGGCACCACCAACCGGGUGCGGCGGCUCACGCUGGACGACGACGGCAACCUGCGCCUCUACAGCCUGGUGCCCAAGACCCGGACGUGGCUCGUGGUGUGGCAGGUCGUGCAGGAGCUCUGCACCAUCCGGGGCACCUGCGCCGGCGGCAGGAUCUGCGUCCCCGUCGGCGCCGACAGCACCAGCUGCGUCUGCCCGCCGGGCUACCGCAACGCCACCCUGACCGACGCCUGCACGCCCAAGAAAAACUACAGCGGCAGGGGCGACGACGACAAGUUCGUGCGGAUGGACUUCGUCUCCUUCUCCUGGGGCGCCAACACCACGGCGUCGGACCAGGGCCCGCUGAUGACCAAGCUGACGCCGCAGAACCUGGCGGACUGCGAGAGACUCUGCCGGGUUAACUCCAGCUGCGUGGCGUUCGGGUACAAGUUCGGCGGCGACCGGACGUGCCUCCAGUUCACGGGGCUGGCGGACGGGUACUGGUCCUCGGCGACGGAGAUGGCGACGUACCUGCGUGUGGUGGCGUCGGACAACGACAGCAACCCGUACACGGGGAUGACGAGCAUGAUCGAGACGGUGUGCCCCGUGCGGCUGGCGCUGCCGGUGCCGCCGAAGCAGGCGCGGACGACGAUCCGGAAUGUGGCCAUCAUCACGGCGCUGUUCGCGGUGGAGCUGCUGGCCGGGGUGCUGUCGUUCUGGGCGUUCCUGCGCAAGUACUCGCAGUACCGGGAGAUGGUGCGCACGCUGGGGCUGGAGUACCUCCCCGCCGGCGGGCCCCGGCGGUUCUCGUACGCGGAGCUGAAGCAGGCGACCAAGGACUUCUCCGACGUGGUGGGCCGCGGCGCGUACGGGACGGUGUUCCGCGGCGAGCUCCCCGACCGGCGCGCCGUGGCGGUGAAGCAGCUCCACGGCGUGGGCGGCGGCGAGGCGGAGUUCUGGGCGGAGGUGACCAUCAUCGCGCGGAUGCAUCACCUGAACCUGGACCAGCGGAUGCUGGUGUACGAGUACGUGCCCAACGGGUCGCUGGACAAGUACCUGUUGCGCGGCGGUGGGGGUGGGGGUGGCGGUGGGAGCGGCGAGGAGGAUUCGUCCUCUGAACAGCAGCAGCAGCCGCUGCUUGACCUCCACACCCGGUACCGCAUCGCCCUGGGCGUUGCCCGCGCCAUCGCCUACCUCCACGAGGAGUGCCUUGAGUGGGUUCUCCACUGCGACAUCAAGCCCGAGAACAUCCUGCUUGAGGACGACUUCUGCCCCAAGGUGUACGAGGACUGGUACUUCUCCAAGUGGGCGUACGAGAAGGUGUACGUGGAGCGGCGCAUCGACGACAUCCUGGACCCGCGCAUCGCCGCCUCCUACGACGACGCCGCCAGCGUCGCCACCGUGGAGCGCAUGGUCAAGACGGUCAUGUGGUGCCUGCAGGACCGCGCCGAGAUGCGCCCGUCCAUGGGGAAAGUGGCCAAGAUGCUGGAAGGGUCCGUCGAGAUCACGGAGCCCGUCAAGCCCACGAUCUUCUGCGUCCAGGACGACUGA